UUUUUUUUUUUUUUUGUGCCGUGUGAGCGCGGAGCGAGCGGCGGGGCCGAGGCCGGGCGCGCAGUGCCCCCGCGGCGCGGGGCCAUGGACGAGCAGUCCCGCAUGCUGCAGACCCUGGCGGGCGUCAACCUGGCGGGGCACUCCGUGCAGGGGGGCAUGGCCCUGCCGCCUCCCCACGGACACGACGGGGCCGACGGCGACGGCAGGAAGCAGGACAUCGGGGACAUCCUGCACCAGAUCAUGACCAUCACCGACCAAAGCCUGGACGAGGCGCAAGCAAAGAAGCACGCGCUGAACUGCCACAGGAUGAAGCCCGCGCUCUUCAGCGUCCUCUGCGAGAUCAAGGAGAAAACAGGUUUGAGCAUCCGAGGAGCCCAGGAGGAAGACCCUCCCGAUCCCCAGCUAAUGAGACUAGACAAUAUGCUUCUGGCAGAAGGAGUCUCAGGUCCGGAGAAAGGUGGGGGAUCGGCGGCAGCAGCUGCAGCCGCAGCAGCCUCUGGAGGGUCUUCAGAUAACUCUAUUGAACACUCAGAUUACAGAGCCAAAUUGACCCAGAUCAGACAAAUCUAUCACACAGAGCUGGAGAAAUAUGAACAGGCAUGUAAUGAAUUUACCACACAUGUGAUGAACCUGCUCAGAGAACAGAGUCGAACGCGGCCCAUUUCUCCUAAGGAGAUUGAAAGGAUGGUGGGCAUCAUACAUCGAAAAUUCAGCUCCAUUCAGAUGCAGCUGAAGCAGAGUACUUGUGAAGCAGUCAUGAUUUUAAGGUCGAGGUUCCUUGAUGCCAGAAGGAAAAGACGCAAUUUCAGUAAACAAGCCACAGAAAUAUUGAAUGAGUAUUUUUACUCCCACCUCAGUAACCCUUACCCCAGUGAAGAAGCCAAAGAAGAGCUGGCAAAGAAGUGCAGCAUCACGGUAUCACAGGUCUCCAACUGGUUUGGCAAUAAGAGAAUCAGGUACAAGAAGAACAUUGGGAAGUUCCAGGAAGAAGCCAAUCUUUACGCAGCAAAGACGGCUGUGACUGCAGCGCACGCCGUGGCCGCGGCCGUCCAGAACAACCAGACCAACUCCCCCACCACGCCAAACUCUGGUUCUUCUGGUUCUUUUAACCUCCCAAAUUCUGGGGACAUGUUCAUGAACAUGCAGAGUCUGAAUGGGGAUUCUUACCAGGGGUCCCAAGUCGGAGCCAAUGUGCAGUCACAGGUGGAUACCCUGCGUCAUGUUAUCAAUCAGACGGGAGGAUACAAUGAUGGCUUGGGAGGAAAUUCACUGUACAGUCCACAUAAUUUAAAUGCUAAUGGAGGCUGGCAGGAUGCAACUACUCCAUCUUCUGUGACUUCCCCUACAGAAGGGCCGGGAAGUGUGCACUCUGAUACCUCUAACUAAUCUCCUAGCAACACUUUUUCCCUGAGCUGAGAUGCCUUGAUCAGCGCAUUCAGAGUCGCAGGAGAAAAAGGAAAGAAUUUUUUUGUAGCCAACCACCUACAGCUUUACUGUAAAACCUUGUCUUACUAGAAAACUUGGUAAAUCUGUUUUUUAAAGGUAUCAUAAUCAUUUGUAUUUAUACUUAAAACACACAAUGUUAAAAAGCACUUUAUCCAAUUGGGCCAAGAUUUAGCAUUGUUUAUAGCCCUGUAACUAUUUUAUCAUAAUUUAUUAUCGGCGAUUUUAACAGUGUCGGUCUAACAGUUGCCAAUUGCUUGGCCUUAAGGGUAAAAGUACAGUACAAGCUUAACCUCGAUAGCAAGAAUGGGCACAAAGAACACCUCACCUGAAUCUUAACUGCGUGCAUAUUUUCGCGGAAAGUCAAAAUGAGUUACAGACUUGGAUUGUGUUUAACCUUCUCAUCUCUCUUAUGGAGUUGGAAUAAAGAGAUCUGUUUGGUUAUUUCAGUUAACAGCGGUUGUGUUUAAGAAUCCUUAUUCGUCACAUUUUUGUUGUGAUCUGUUGCUUUAUAAGUUAGGUUGGAUACCAGGAGCAUCUUUCCUUGCUAACCGCCAGGACCCCCCGCCUGCUCUCUGUAUUUCGGCAAUGGACUCAGAGUGUUCUUAAGAGGUGAAGAUAUUGCUGCUUCUUUCAGUGAGCCACCAGCUGGGUUUUACAGUGUGAGUAGGUGCUGUGCGGCUGCCGAGAUUGGUUACUUCUUCUGGGCAGCCAAACAAACAAAAACAGAAAGGAAAAGCGAAGGAAAAAGCACCGUUAUAUGGAUUGUUGUACAUAGUGUAGCAAAAGAGUAUUUAUACAUCUCACCAAUCAAAACACAGCUUUAUUACCUCAUGCGAACUCAUACGAACCAAUAGACUUUCAACAUGUUCUGUAGCUUAGAGUGCUCACUUACUACCUCUGAACGAUACUCACGCUGUAGUUUGUCUCUUUCUUAUCUUUUUGCAUCUUGUAACUAACUCUUUGUUUCCCUCAUAAAUUGUAAUGUACAUUGUAAUCUUUUAAAAGAAUCAGGGUUGCGUUUGCAACUUUUAAAAGAGCUGAAGUGGAAACGUUGGGUCUUAGGUUUAACAGGACAGUGAAACUGUUGUAAAUACUGAGAAACAUUUUGAAUGUUCUUCAUCUUGUUACUAAUCCACGCAAAAAAUACAACUAAUUGUAAUGCAUACAGACUUCAGUAUCAGUACUGUAUAUUCACCCUGUGUAACAGGGGGCCCUUUCUUUCUCUCUUUUG